CGCCGCGCACGCUGGUGCUGCUGGAGAACGGCAGCCUGCGCGACACGCACUCGCUCUUCUUCCGCAGCCUGGCCGACAGGGGUUUCGAUCUCACCUUCCGGACGGCUGAUGAUGCAGGCCUGUCGCUUAUAAAAUACGGGGAGUUUUUGUAUGACAACCUCAUCAUCUUCUCACCAUCUAUAGAAGAUUUUGGCGGAAACAUCAACGUGGAGACCAUCACUGCUUUCAUCGAUGGGGGAGGCAGCGUCCUCGUGGCCGCCAGCUCGGACAUUGGGGACCCCCUGCGAGAGCUGGGCAGUGAGUGUGGGAUAGAGUUUGAUGAGGAGAAGACAGCUGUCAUCGACCACCAUAACUACGAUGUAUCGGACCCAGGCCAGAUUGUUACUGUGUCUCAGGCAGUGCCACUGAGCAUAGUAGUGGUUUUGAACCACUGCAGAAGGGGAGAAGAGGAUUUACUUGCUCGAGAACACACACUUAUAGUCGCAGAUGCUGAAAAUCUCCUCAAAGCUCCUACUAUUGUAGGGAAAACUGCACUGAAUCCCAUCCUUUUCCGAGGAGUUGGGAUGGUGGCUGAUCCUGACAACCCGCUGGUGCUCGAUAUCCUGACCGGCUCUUCAACCUCUUACUCCUUCUUCCCGGAUAAGCCUAUUACUCAGUAUCCCCAUGCCGUUGGGAAGAACACCCUUCUGAUUGCUGGACUCCAAGCAAGGAACAACGCCCGGGUUGUUUUUAGUGGCUCCUUGGAUUUCUUUAGUGAUGCUUUCUUCAAUUCUGCUGUACAGAAAGCUACUCCUGGAUCUAAGAGAUAUUCCCAGACUGGUAAUUACGAGCUGGCCGUUGCCUUGUCUCGCUGGGUGUUCAAGGAGGAGGGAGUGCUGCGUGUCGGAGCCGUGUCUCACCACCGCGUGGGAGAACGUGCCCCGCCGAGCGCCUACACUGUCACUGACCUCGUGGAGUACAGCAUUGUCAUUGAAAAACUCUCUGACGGGAAGUGGGUCCCCUUCGACGGAGACGAUAUUCAGCUGGAGUUUGUCCGCAUUGACCCAUUUGUCCGGACUUUCUUGAAGAGAAAUGGGGGAAAAUACAGCGUGCAGUUCAAGCUGCCAGAUGUCUAUGGGGUAUUUCAGUUUAAAGUAGAUUAUAACCGCCUGGGUUAUACUCAUCUCUACUCCUCUACCCAGGUGUCUGUACGACCUCUCCAGCACACGCAGUAUGAACGUUUUAUCCCCUCGGCGUAUCCGUACUAUGCCGGGGCCUUCUCCAUGAUGGUGGGCCUCUUCAUGUUCAGCAUCGUCUUCUUGCACAUGAAGGAGAAGGAGAAAUCCGACUGAGCUCCCUAUGGGAGGAAGAUCCUUUUCUUCUUCUUUUCCUAACACUGGCACCACUCAGAGCCAGCAGCACUUGCAUUCCUUGCUGUAACUGUUUGAGGACUGGUAGGUGCCAGAAAACAUGCGAUUUUUUUUUUUAUUUUAUUUUUUAAUAUUGGGGGCAACUAGUAGGCUUGUAAACGAACCAGAUGUUCCAGGGGAAUCCAUUGCCAGAGGAUUUGGAAAUGCAGAGAUGCUGCUGUAGCUUUUCCGGGACUGGUUUGCAGUUCUGUUCGUCUUUUUGUCCCUUCCUUUGAUCGGAAUGAUUUUGAUUCGAGA